AUGAAGCUUUCCACGUUUCUCCACGAUAAUUUCGUACCCCAUAUACCGAAACCCCAGAAACAGGCAUCUUCGUUAGUGCAACCAGUAGUGGUUGAUGAUAUUUCUAAGGAAAAGUCGAAUAAAUAUCCUGAUUUCGAUACAAAGUCGGUGAAUUCAUUACCCACAUCAUCUAUAAAUGGUGAUAACCAACUACAUCGGGCUUUAAAAGGUAGACAUUUACAAUUACUUGGUAUUGGUGCUACUAUUGGUACUGGGCUUUUUGUCACUAUUAGUAAAGCUUUGGUUUAUGGUCCAUUAUCUUUAUUUUUAGGUUUUGUUUUUUGGUCAAUUCCAAUUCUUUGUAUUACCGUAUCAGUAGCUGAAUAUGUAAUUUAUUUACCAAUAACUUCUCCCUUUGUUAGAUUAGGUGGUAGAUGUUGCGAUACCGCUUUAGAAGUUAUGACUGCUUGGAAUUUUUGGUUCUUAUGCUGUGCUCAAAUCCCUUUUGAAGUUGUUGGGGUGAAUUCUGUUUUACAUUUCUGGAGAGAUGAUUUUAGUCCUGCUAUUCCCUUAGCUAUUCAAGUUGUCCUUUAUUUCAUCAUUAAUAUCUUUGGAGUAUCGGUUUAUGGGGAAGUUGAAUUUUGGUUAAGUUUGGGGAAAGUCAUUUUAGCCAUUGGCUUGAUUUUAUUCACUUUCAUUGUUAUGGUUGGUGGUAAUCCUCAUCAUGAUGCUUUUGGUUUCAGAUACUGGAAUAAUCCUGGCCCAAUGAAUUCAGUGUUUCCUUAUGCUGAUGCUUUGGUGACCCAUCAUGGCUCUUUGGCUCGUUUCCAAGGUUUUUUACAAUGUGUGAUUCAAGCUUGUUAUACUUUUGCUGGUCCAGAAUAUAUUUCAUUGGUUGCGGCUGAAGUAGGUGGUGAUGUUCGUAAAACUUUAAGAUCAGCUUAUUUACAAGUCUUCAUUAGAUUAUCAAUUUUUUUCAUUGGUGGUGCUCUUUGUGUGGGGAUCUUGGUUCCUUAUAAUGAUAAAACCCUUUUAGAAACUUUGGGUGCUAGUAAGCCUGGUGCUGGUAGCAGUCCUUAUGUUAUUGCAAUGCAAAAUUUGAAUAUUAAAGUAUUACCUCAUAUAAUGAAUGCCUUAUUGGUUACUGCUGCUUUCUCUGCUGGUAAUUCAUACACUUAUUGUUCUUCUCGUACUCUAUAUGGUUUUGCCCUUGAUGGUUUUGCUCCUAAAUUUUUAACUGCUACUACUAAAACCGGUAUUCCAAUUUAUUGUGUACUCAUCUCCUUAUGUUGGGCCUUUCUUUCUUUCCUUCAAUUAGGUGACGGUGCUCUGGAAGUUUUAAGCUGGAUAAUUAAUAUCAUCACUUCCUGUCAAUUGAUUAAUUUCUUUAUUUUAUGUGUUGUUUAUUUAUUUUUCUACCGUGCUUUGAAAGCUCAAGGAAUUGAUAGAUCAACUUUGCCUUUUGUUUCUUGGUUUCAACCGUAUACUGCCAUCUUUGGUGGGCUAUCUGCAUUUACCAUGAUUUUCGUUGCUAGUUAUCAAGUUUUUGUUCCUGGAAAUUGGGAUAUUAAAACUUUCUUAUUUUCAUAUCUUUUCAUUUUCAUUGAUAUUGCAAUCUUUAUCGGUUAUAAACUUUGGCGUCGUACCAAAUGGCGGGAUCCAAAAGAGGUUGAUUUGGUUACUGGUUUACGGGAAGUUGAAGAGCAUGAAGAAAGAUACUUUGAUGAAUUAUUGAAACAACACAGAUUGGAUGAUGAGGGCCAUGUUAAGGUUGCUUGGUGGAAAAGAGUACUCACUGUUUUAUUUGGAAGUGAUUGA